GAAUGAAGAUUGACUACAUUUUCUUGAUUAGGCUAUUUCACGUUUGGAAGGGCGACAUAGGAGACCUCUGUAGCCUUAGUCUAAGCGCGAACCGGGACAGAGGGAAAGCACGCAAGAAGGCACUCGCGAGCCAAAAGGCAAACAUUGGCUUGACCCUUCGCUAUGGAAGUUAACUGACAACAGGAAGGAAGCUAUUAACCCCGCUCCUCUCCUCGCCCUGGUGACAGCUCGCAACUCCUCCUCCCAGGCUGAGACCUUGGAGCAAAAAAAAAAAAUGCUAAGGAGCGCCUGGCUGCCUCAACUCUGCGCUUUUCUCCCAGGGGAGGAAGAGGGAAGAGAGGAGGGCGCAGCCUGAGACCAAGUUCAGCCUGUUUGUGACUCGAGCCUGAUCGUUCAGAAGAGAUUCCCGGGACUCCAGCAUCUUCCCUCUGGCCGCACAAGGCGGACAACCCUUAGACAAGCUUGGUUCACCCCCUCUCGCCCCAAGUUUGAGCGCGGUCCGCAGGUGGUGCAAGCGCCCCAGCUCUCCGGCUCCCCCUGCUGGCGAGAGGGGAAGGCGGCCGCGGCCGCGGAGCCUCCCCGGGCACAGCGCAGGGAGAGAGCUCGGUGCCGAGAAGAAGCCGCGAGCUUCCCCGAUGGUGCCGCCGCCUCCUCCGAGCCGGGAAGGAGCAGCCAAGAGGCAACUGGGCAAGAGCCUGGGGCCGCUGCUGCUACUCCUGGCGCUGGGACACACGUGGACCUACCGAGAGGAACCCGAGGACCGCGACAGAGAAGUGUGCUCAGAAAACAAGAUCACCACGACCAAAUACCCGUGUCUGAAGUCUUCGGGCGAGCUCACCACGUGCUUCAGGAAAAAAUGCUGCAAAGGAUAUAAAUUUGUUCUUGGACAGUGUAUUCCAGAAGAUUAUGACAUUUGUGCCCAGGCUCCCUGUGAACAACAGUGCACCGAUAACUUCGGCCGUGUGCUGUGCACAUGCUACCCGGGAUACCGAUAUGACCGCGAGAGACACCAAAAGCGGGAGAAGCCGUACUGCCUGGAUAUCGAUGAAUGUGCCACCAGCAACAGCACUCUGUGUGCACACAUCUGCAUCAACACCAUGGGCAGCUACCACUGUGAGUGUCGGGAGGGCUACAUCCUUGAGGACGAUGGGAGGACCUGCACGAGGGGAGACAAAUACCCCAAUGACACUGGGCAUGAGGAGAAAUCCGAGAAUGAGGUGAAAGCCGGGACCUGCUGUGCCACAUGCAAGGAGUUCUCCCAGAUGAAGCAGACGGUGCUGCAGCUGAAACAGAAGAUUGCACUGCUCCCCAACAAUGCGGCUGAACUGGGCAAGUAUGUCAAUGGUGACAAGGUGCUGGCCUCAAAUGCCUACCUCCCAGGACCUCCUGGCCUGCCUGGGGGUCAGGGCCCACCAGGCUCACCAGGACCCAAGGGGAGCCCUGGAUUCCCCGGUAUGCCAGGCCCUCCUGGACAGCCAGGCCCACGGGGCUCAAUGGGACCUAUGGGACCAUCCCCUGACCUGUCUCAUAUUAAGCAAGGCCGGAGGGGCCCUGUGGGUCCACCAGGAGCACCAGGAAGACAUGGCUCCAAGGGAGAGAGAGGAGCGCCUGGGCCCCCAGGGUCUCCGCCUGGCAUCCCUGGAACUGGCAGCAGAGACAAGUGGAGGCUUCAGUCCAGUGGAAGGUUCAAGGUUUUCAGAUGAACAGGACUGGGCUCACAAUGGUAACAAGAAAGUUAGAAAUAAGCAUAAAAGGCAUCACAGCUCAAACAGAGAGAGAGCGCUUUCCAUUUAACCUCCAUUUUUUAUCACCAAUGAAACUUUUAAAGAUCCAAUUAGAAAUGAAUGUUUUAAUUGGUGCUUUUGAGUCCACUUUAGAGUUACUGGGUUUUUACUAUCUUUAUGUGAACACGGAACUGGGUUUGAGCCAGUCAUCUUAUUGCCAAACAAACCCCAUGAAGCCAUGGGUCUGAAGCCCCGAGCUGUUCCUUCGCCUUGUUGCUGUGUAGCACUCACUGUGUUGCCAUUAGCACUGAUCCUCAGAAAUGCUGCCCUCUCUGAGCACGAGGGACCUGUGAUGGAAUGAGUCACAACUAAUGUGACCUCGGAGAAUGUGAAGAAGAGACCCAGACCUGGCAAAGACCUGCACAAGUGACAAAUGGCCAGCCAAAUCCAGAAUCAUCUGCCUUCAAAACAGAGGAGAAUUCCAUGCAUAGAAAUCUGUCUGCAAAAAUUUGCAACCUGUGACCUCAACAAUAAUUAAAUUGUGAAGUUGGCUUAGGGGGAAUAUAUCCAAAUGUUUCCAUGAUUGCUUUUGAUUGGGGUGACUCAUGUGGGUGUUGCAUAGACAAAUGGGAAGAGAAAAAAACAGAAAAUUAUUUUUUUGGUCUGGAAUUGUGAAAUUCUGACCUGUGAGUUUGGGACGAACAGUCUCAGAUACAAUUAAGACACUUAUUUUUCAGAGGUGGGGAGGGUAAGAUGUGGUCUCAUAUAGCCCAGGCUGGUCUAAAACUCACUACAUGGAAGAGGAUGGCCUUGAACCCUGCUCCUCCUGCCUCCACCUCUCCAGUGCUGGGAUUCCAGGCCCGAGUACCCAUGCCUGGCCGUUAAAAUGCUUUAUGUGGUCUUAGUGUUUUUAAUUUUUUUCUAUUUUGAUGUUUAUUUUUGAGAUGGUAUUUUAAUGACAUCUCUCACUUCCUUUCCCCCUUUCAAGCCCUCCCAGAUACCCCUUUCACACUCUCCUUCAAAUUCCUUUUUUAAAACUCAAUUGUUAUUGCAUCCAUGUAUAUAUUUGUGUAUAAAUAUGUACUCCUAAAUGUAGCCUAUUGUGUUCCUAUAAUGUUACAUGUAUGUAUGUUUUCAGAGCUGACAGGUUGGCACUGAAUAACCAAUGGGUGUUCUGUUCCCCUCUCCUGCUGCCUGCUUUAUCUGGUCCUUUGCGGAGGGUUGAGGCCCCUGAGUUUUUCCCCCUCACUCUGACAAUGUUCAUUCACCCACUCAUUGUUCAUCUCAUAUUCUGGCAGUCAUGUGGGUGAGACUUCAUGGCUGUAGCGUUUGGUGUUACUAGGAGACACAAUAUCACAGCCAACUCCACAAUCCUUUGGCUCUUACAAUCUUGCUGCCCCCUCUUCAUUUGACAAUAGUUAUUUGCAAUAGCAUGAUGCCUGAGUUGAGUAUAGUAAUCCCAACACAGGAAGUUGGAAUAAGAGUAUCACAAGUUCAAAGCCAGCCUGGGCAACUUAGCAAGACCUUGUUCUCCCAUCCAUUAAAAAGUAAAAGUGUGAUGCCCAUUAUGUGGCACAUUUAUUCUUAUUGGGUAAAUGAAAUGGAUAUAAGUAUAUAUCAAACAAUGUUGCUUGUGUAUUGAUACACAGUCAUGUGAUAAUGAAUUGAAAUCCUAACUCCCAAGGUGCUGGAAUUAGAAGUAAGGCCUUUGAGAUGGGAUUGUGAGGACAAGGUCCUUAUAAGUGGCAUUAGGGCUCUUAUAAAAGGGAUCCCAUGAGGUGGUUUGGAUAGAAAUGUCCCCCAUAGACUUGUGUGUGUGAAUGCUUGGCCCAUAUGGAGUGGCGCCCUUAGGAGGUGUGGCUUUAUUGGAGGCAGUGUGUCACUGGGGGAACUUUGAGGUCUUAUAAGCUCAAAACUAGCCAGUGUGCCUCAGUUUCCUUCUGCUGCCUGCAGAUCCCAAUGUAGAACUCCCACCUUCUCCAGCACCAUGUCUGCCUGCAUGCUACCAUGCUUCUCAACAUGACAAUAAUGGACUAAACCUCUGAAACUGUAAGCCAGCCCCAGUUUAAUAUGUUCCUUUAUAAGAGUUGCUGUGGUCAUGGUGUCUCUUCACAGCAGUAGAAACCCUAAGACACCCCUAAAAGUUAGUCCCUACAGUACAUGGGACAUGGCAAGGGGCCUCCAUCCAUGUACUAGGGAAUGAAUGACUCCUUACCAGACAUUGCACCUUGCCUAGGGCUUCAUCUUCCAACAUCCAACCUCUGGAACUUGAGAAAUAACUUCCAGCUGCUUAUAAGCGUCCCAUUUCAUAUUUUGUGAUACCAUCUGAACAAACUAAAAUCAUUAUAAUAUCCUCCUUGCACUGGUACACAUUUGAAAAUGAAUAUGUCUAUAGAAGCUUUUCAAAGCUGCAUGGCUGAUAGGAAGAGAGAAAUGAUAUAUACAUCACUGGUGGUCCUUAAAGUCGGAUGGAGGCAGAGUCUGCUAUUUAUCCCCAACUCUCUCCCUUCGACAAACACAGCACCAAAAGGGCUGUGGCUAUCUAAAACAGACGGUCUUUUCGGCCUCACUUGCAACUGAUGUUGACUAUAUACAUACACAUAUUCAUAUACGUAUACAUAUCUCCCUUCAGUGAAUGCUAUAUUUGAUAUUUAAUUUCCAGAAUGUGUCCUUAAAGGAAGCAGACUCCUAAAGCUGUCUCUUUCCUGCUGACUGAUAAUUUUGAAUGUCAUAUUGAGAACUGAAGCAGUCCUCUGUGCCAUGAAUUGCCCAUGGAAGAUGACAGGGGAAAGAAAAGGGAUGCAGAGUCCCUGGGGACAAUGAAGCCAUUCCUCCAGUGAGGCUGCCUGCCUCUAGCCUUGUGUGAGAAAAGAUGGAAUUUCCAUGUUCUCAGCCACUGGAAUUAUUGAUGUUUUGAGGGGUUUGUAAUAUGUAAUCAAACCUAGUUAAAUCUGGUAAAACUCUCAACAGGCCAGUGCUCAGACAAUGAUGAUUAGUGUGAGUUCUCUGGCCCCAAUUAGAAACCCAGCCACAGUCUGGAAUGGACCAUCCAGCAGCUUAUUUUACUAGAAGAAGCAGUCAUUUUCCCCUCCUCUUUGUCACUUAACACACUUCAAAAAGCAGUGGAAGCCGAUGACUUGCUUCAGCCGUGGCAUUGAGUAGCUCACUCUCAGGUUAGCUUUUCUUCCUGUCCCAAAUGCUAAUCCUGAAAGAGGAGACAGUUAAACGUUCAAGCCUACAUGCUUGUCUUUCAGGAUCGUUUUUUCUUAGGACCUGAAUUUUCAUAGGAGAUUCACUAGGGGAACGUGGGAGGAGUGUGCUCGUGCACAUACACACCUGUGUGUGUGUGUGUGUGUGCGCGCGCGCGCACUCACAAGCAUGCACUUGUAGUAAUACACACACAUAUGCACACAACAUAUGAGUGCACACAUAAGUGUGCACACACAUACACACUGUGUGCAUCAGAGAAUCACCAGAGAGAGACGGUUAGUGCUGACUCUGUUUCUAGAAUCUGAGCCUGGGCUCCUCUGGGAUGGAGCUGAGCCAUUUCUGCAUUUAAUUCCAGAAACCACCUUUGUUUUGAGCGGUAUCUUUGAGACUGCCUUUUAUGUGUCAUAAGCUAGCUUGAAUUCACUACCUAGCCAAAGAUGACUGAAUUUCUGAUUCUUUCUCUACCUCCUGAUUGAUGGGAUUCCAGGUGUGCCACACCACACCCAGCUGAUGGUGGGAACUGACUCAAGGAUUCCCCACUGCCAACCAAGAUAUGUCUCCAAGGAACGGCAUUUUGGAAACUCCUGUAUUCAACGAUAAAUACAAAUAAUAGAUGGGUCUUUUUCUCCCCCUUUGAUAUUGGUCUUCUCUUUGACCGUGCUGUGUGGAAGACAGAAGUGAACAAUUGUAAUUACGUGGCAAUGUGUCCUGCCCACUCAUGGAUCUGACAGAGGUGGUACCAGUUAUAAGGGAGCAUGUCCACAGGGUGCAGUGGAGGUCCUGCAGAGAACCUAAAGAAGACGUCCAGACUGUGGGCGGUGCAUCUGGGAGGGCCAAGAGGAUCGGGAAGACGCAUGGAGUGCGCUACACAGUUGGAGAAGGGGAUGAUGGGAAAGAGUGAAAUCAAAUUUGCAAAAAUGGCAUGGUUCAGUGAAUCCCCUCCCUAGGGUUUGAAAGAUAAACUGUUGAGAAUAUUGGCGGAAGCAAUCAGAGUAUGUUCAGAAAUUUCAUGGCUUGAGAACUUAAGUAAAUGGGCCUACCUGUUUGGGUUCACUGGAUAAACAUAGCAUCUUUCUGGUCUAGACUUGCCAGUCGCUGCUGGAUGGAGUUACUGGAGGAUUUAUAUCAAACUUGUUUUAAGUGCAUAAGAGCAAAGAAAACUACCAUGACUGGUUCCAAAUUCAUAUCAGCAUCUCACCAGUCCAAGCAAUAUUCAUAAUACCAAGAAAUG